UUCUGACACCCACAGGUUCAAAAGGCGCUGCUUGUUUCUGUGCAUGUAUGACUUUCCAUUGAUCGUUCCUAAGAUCCAUUACGAACCUCCGGGAUGUACACUACCGGGCUCAACCCGUUUUACGCCUCCAAUUUCAGCCUUUGGUCCGCGUACUGUGCAGGAGGCUUCGCUGUGGACACCAGCAAGAAGCCGUCGUUUUGCAUCGCGGAGCUCCUCCAGGCCGGCGACGCGGACAGCUUGCCCGGCUCCUCGGCCCUCAUGGUGCACGUGGGUCAACACCGGGCGUCCUCCGGGGGCUCGCCGCUGCGCCCCUCUCCGGUCGGGCCGGGGGAGGCUCACGCAUCGGUGUACGGGGCGAGGCUGAGCCCCGCGUCUCCGUACCACAGGCAAGGACUACAGCUGACCUCUGUGUCCAGAGGGGCUCACAACUCUUCACAGGCUCCUCCGCCUUCGAGCAAAGACCUCAAAUUUGGAAUUGAUCGGAUAUUGUCGACGGAUUUUGACGCAAAGGGCAAAGAGAAAUUAAGAGAUUUCGCGUCCAUUGUAAACUCCAACCGUCAGUCAGGCAUUCACAUCCCUAUUCAGCCUGCUGCCGGCCAAUACUUCUCUUCCAUAGAGCCUGGGAUGAGUGAUGCCUCCGCCAUGAUGAGUUCACUAGGCAGCAGUGGCAGACAAUCAGGCCAGCAUCAGUUUCAGGACACCUUCCCAGGUCCAUACGCUGUCCUCACCAAGGACACGAUGCCGCAGACGUAUAAGAGGAAAAGGUCGUGGUCCAGAGCGGUCUUCUCCAACCUGCAGAGGAAAGGCCUGGAGAAGAGGUUCGAGAUCCAGAAGUACGUCACCAAGCCAGACAGAAAACAGCUGGCAGCCAUGCUCGGCCUGACUGAUGCUCAGGUUAAAGUGUGGUUCCAAAACCGACGUAUGAAGUGGCGACAUUCCAAGGAGGCCCAGGCCCAGAAGGACAAAGACAAAGAACAGCCGGACGGAACGCCCGAAUCCGGCAGGGAUCCCAAAGAGACCGCCGAGUCGGAGUGCGAAAGCGAAGACAGAAGCGAGUGCGAGUCCGAUGACGCUCCGGAGGAGGACAAGCCCGACGUCGCGCAUGAGUUGGACCUUUGCGAGCACAACAAAACCAGCGUGAUCAUUAACGCCAGCGUGGAAGCCCCCCACUCGGACUCUCCUUCUCCUCCAUCCCCCCAGCUACUAAUAUGAAACUAUUUCCAUUCGUGGACUCCAAUCGAAACGAGUUCAUUUUGACGGACACGAUUAUAGCAAGCUUUUACGCCAAGAACUUGCUUUUAUUUCCCUCUACUUCAGCUUGCAUGAUGCUUUCCUCUGAGGGUUCAAAAGUCAAAUAAGUUGUAAAUGUAAUUGUGCAAGCGUUCCGUUCUUCCAAGUUGUAUAAAAGUUCGUCACACACACAGUGUACAUGUCUUUUUGUGUGUUGUGUUAUUUUGUUAAUAUAAUUUGCACUGAAAAUAUUGUAAAUAAA